CUCUUUCCUUCCGCCGCGCCGCCGCCAUGGUGGGGAAGGUCAAACGUCCGCGGCUGCACCGCGCCGCCCCCCGGCCCUGGCCCGCCAAGGAUCCGCUGCCGCUGCCCGAGCCCCAACCCGGCCCCGGCGGCUGGAAUGCGGCGGCGGGCAAGGACUGGGACUUCUCACCUUCUGGUGUUUUUUCCGGGCUGAAGAUUGACCCUGAUACACUUGUCAAGAACCUUGACUUGGACUCCAGAAGCAUCAUUUCCUCCAGAACAGGUUUAGAAGAAAAAACAGUUCUUUCCAAAAAAGAGAAAAUGAAGCUGAGGAAGGAAAGAUGGCUACAGAAAAUAGAGAGUGUGAAGUUAGCCAAGCAGAAGCAAAAAGCCGAAGCGAAGCGGAAAGCCACACCUGUGGUGGGAGACAUGCAGCCACUGAUGGAAGCCCUUCCCGAGCUUUCUGACCUGACCACCGGUGGCAGGGGCAGGAAGCCACCCAAGAGCCACGUAAAAGCAAAGGCAGCACCAGCAGACUUCUGUCUGAUGAAGCAAGCUCAGAAAUGCCAGCUCUUAGAGGAGGAAGUGGCUCGGUUUCGCGAGGUCAUCUCCAGUCCUAGCUACAGAGCCAACCCCCUCAUGGCCAUCAGUGAGCAUCUCUCCAAGAGGCUGAGGCAGGAGGAAGGAGGUAAACCCCUCUAGAGUGUUAAGCUGGGACCAAACGUGCACACUGGAGCUGGUGCGAGGGCUUCAGGCUGCAAAGUAGCACAUCACUAACGUGACCUCUCAGCCACUUCAGUCCCUGGAAGCAGUCCAGCAGAUUAUUAAAUCCAACAGCCCUGCUUUCUGUCUGCAAGAAUAAUGCAGUUCUCUCCUGACAGUGGCAGCUGCUCCUUGGCAAGCAGCCUGCAGAGAGCAGGGUAAUCUGUGAGAUCUUUGUGCAGACAUAAAGCUCCCUGCAAAGUGUCUUGACACCUCUUUCUCUUGUAGCAGACACAAUGUCUAAAAUUGUGCCACUGGCAACAUAUCUGUUUUCUGUCAUUUCCCUCCCCUUUCUGACACCUCUGACAAGCCAGUCUCUAAUGCUCUGUUGAGAUGGUUCAAGACCCCCAGCCCUUGAGCCCAGAGGGCUGUUGGAGAUCUGUGUAAAGACCAGUGCUGCUGUUCAGAGACAUUGCUUAAUGUGAGAACUUUAGCUUUGGAAUAAACACACUUUCACACAAUA